ACGUCGGCGGACUGUGUGCCUUCGCCGAGGAACGGUGCAUGUCCCCAGUGUCCGCUCCGCUCGCCCGAUAAGGAAUGCGCCUUGCGAAGUCGCUGCGUGGUUUAGCAUUUGAUCAAACUUCAGCCGAUACCGUGGUAUAACAGGAGUCAUGGUUUGGUGUCGCUUCUACGUUUCUUAUUCAAGCGUGCGAGCCUAAUUCAUUGAGCUAGCUGCCGUUAGCCCGCUUCGUUGAUUCAUAGCGCGCUAGCUUGCUAGCUGGAGUGUGCUGCUGGCCCAUCCAGUUGACCGGGAGACGAGCUCGACUGACUGAAAAACACAGCCGCUGUUUGGAAACGAGGUGGUGGCGGCAGUCGGGGGGCCGGGAGAACGCGACGGGGUGGUAGUGAGUCAGGAGCGGCUGAUGAGUUCAGACCAGAGCGGAGAGCCACCGCUGCUGCAGGAGGAGGCUGAUCCCGGACCGAAGAGCGGUGGGAAGGACGAGGCUCCGCUGGGGAGCGAGGGAGGGUCAGGCGGCAUGGUCACCUCAAAGGGUGCUGGUUUGAACCCAAAUGCCAAGGUGUGGCAGGAGAUCCCCGUGGCCCCCAGCGAGGCUGUCACCAGUCCUCACUGGCCUCCCUCAGACAUCAGUUAUUCAGAGCCUUCGUCUGCUGGUUGUAAGCAGUACUCUGUGGGAUUUACCGCCCUGGGCGAGAGCAGCUCCACAGCAACAGCUGAGAUAGCAGUAAAUGGAAUGGACCCUCAAGAGCUGGGCUUUUCCCCUGCCGAGUCCACGACAGGGAGCUCUGAUUCCAAAACUGAAGAACAAGUGUCCUCUGAGAAUCUACGAGAGUCUCUGAAGAAAGAGCUAGAGUUUUAUUUCUCAAGAGAAAACCUCUCCAAGGAUUUAUACCUCAUGUCUCAGAUGGACAGCGACCAGUUUGUCCCCAUCUGGACUAUAGCCAGCAUGGAGGGCAUAAAGGUUCUCACCACAGACAUGGAGCUCAUUCUGGAUGUGUUGAGAUCUUCUCCAAUGGUACAAGUGGAUGAGAAAGGUGAAAAGGUUCGACCGAAUCACAAACGAUGCAUCAUCAUCCUGAGAGAGGUCCCUGAAACCACACCUGUAGAGGAAGUUGAGUCAUUGUUUAAAAACGAAAAUUGUCCAAAGGUGAUAAGUGUCGAGUUUGCGCACAACAACAACUGGUACGUUACAUUCCAAUCGGACACAGAUGCUCAGCAGGCAUACAAGUACUUAAGGGAAGAAGUCAAAACAUUUCAGGGAAAACCCAUCAUGGCACGGAUCAAGGCCAUCAACACAUUUUUCGCAAAGAAUGGUUACCGUAGCAUGGACAGCAGCUUGUAUGCUCAGCAGUCCCAGAACCAGUCCCAGUACAGCUCUCCACUUUACAUGCAGCAUGUCUACCCCCAGCAGCAGUACCCGGUCUAUGGCAUUGUACCGCCCACCUGGACUCCUUCACCCACACCCUAUUUUGAAACUCCUCUGGCACCGUUUCCCAACAGCGGCUUUGUGAAUGGAUUCGGCUCAGCGGGACACUACAAAGCUGGCUCCACUGCUCUUAACCUAACUCGCCCAUUCAACAGAAACCGUGUCCCUCUGUAUUCAAGAAAGAAUGUAAUAAAUGCCUUCAGAAACCACAUUAAACCCCAGAUUAGGACCAGUGAGGUGACUGCAGCCUCAAUAACACCUGUUCCCCUGGAGAGUCUGAGCGGCCUGCGCAGCCCCCAGCCUCCUGUCAUCGGCGCCCCCACCUCCACUCAUCAGACGACCGCUGACAUCACCUCCGCCUUCUCGCAGCUCUCCUCCUCUUCAUCAUCUUUGGACCCUAAUGACGACAGCGGCAUGGCUGGACGUGGAAGACGAAGCACAACCUAUAGAGGAACGCGAAGGAGGCGAGAAGAUGAGCGGAACACGAGGCCGGUCCCCUUAGCCGAGGUGAAGGUUUCUCCGCCCAAGUUUGACUUGGCCGCCACCAACUUCCCGCCUCUUCCUGGCUGUGUGGUCAGCACACAGGGAGAGCCGGUGCUAGAAAACCGAAUGUCCGAUGUCGUACGUGGUUUGUACAAGACAGAGCAAACCAAUAAAGAAACCACUGUGAGUCCAGCGUCAGCCCAAACUUCGGCCACAGAGGAGGCUGUGACCGUCUCAAGUCCUGCCCCGACCGUCUCAAAAUCCGUUUCUCAGCCACUUGGGUCUCUGGCUUCCCGUAUAAGUAAUCAGGAGAAGAGAGUGGAAAGGGCUGAAACCCCAGUGUCCAAAGUAACUCAGCGUACCCCAGUUCAAGCUACUGUGAACUCCUCCACUUCUUCCUCCUCCUCUUCCUCACAGCCUACGUCAAGCUCACGACCUCAGCCCUCUGCUGCUUCAAAGCCGGCGACCCUCAGCACGCCCGCCGCAUCUACAGCCGCAAUUACCACCCCAGCACAGUUCAGAGAGUUCACUCCUGUCCCAGUGACCUUUGAGAUUAUGAGAUCUGAGGGUUUGACCAAAGAAAUCACAAUGUGCCUUACAAAAGUAUUUAUACCCCUUGAACUAUUUUACAUCACAGCCACAGGCCUCACUUUACCCCAUUUGGAUUUUAGGUGAUGUACCAACGCAAUGUAAAUUUGAGGAGAAAAGAAAACCGAGGUUUUUAAAAAUUCUAACUACAUAAAAUGUUUUUAUUGCAUUUUUUGGGCUGUAAAAUAAUUUUUUCAAGAUUUCCCUUCAUGAAAUUGUCAACUUUUUCUAAAGGAUCUUUGCAUGAUGCAAUUUUCCAAAUUGCAUCAUGCAAAAUGAUUUUACUAUGUUGGCAUGAUUUGGUAAAGUUUUUUUCUAACCCAGAAAAAAUGUCCCACUCUUCAGAAGAAUGUAUCAGUCCUAAUGGUAAUAUUUUACCACCAAAUUAUCACUCCCAACGACAGACCUACAAAAUGUUGUGUUGAAAUUUAAGUAGAAAUAAACAAAAAUUAAAUAAAGUAGAACUGAGAGAAAGAAAAUUUCACAUAUUGUGGCAUUAAUUAGUUUUGAAAAACGCAUAAUUUUUUUUUGACUAUUUCUUCAAAAUGCGUAGAUUUUUUUUUCAUAUCUUAACUAAAGUAGCUGUAUAAAUACUUACUGAAGGCAUUGUGAGUAAGUCAAUCAAUGAAUCACUUUUCACCCUCACAGACCUUUUGACAUUAGAUGUUCUUUUUAAACUCU